AACUGAUCAGCAGGAUAAUUCAACAUGUCUGCCGUCGGCUGUCAGUGAAGGAGUUGUUUGUGUUUAACUCGGCUGCCGAUCCCUGAUCUCGGUGACAAACACGCGACAGCAGACCCGUCGAGGAGCGCGCGCUCAUGGCUCAGUGCGUGCAGUCCGUUCAGGAGUUCAUCCAGGACUCGUUCGUGCCGAUGGUGGCCGUCCUGUGCAGCGAGGAUGCGGAGAAAGUGACCCGCAAAAACAACCUGAGCUUCCCCGAGCUGCUGCGGCCUUUCUGUCGCCUCACGUCCGAGGGUCACCUGCGUGACCCCAAUAACCAGGUGGUAGUGGUGAAAGGUCUUCGGAUAAGUGUGACGGGGAUCAACACAAGGCCUCCCCAGACUACAGAGCUGCACAGACUACUCAGCCAGGCCGUCUCUGUCUGCCAGCCUCCUGAAGGGUCACACGUAAACGUCAUCACGGCAGGAGACUACGACCUCAACAUAAGCGACCGCACGGUCAAAGCGAGCGUUCCCUGGUACGCUGACUGGAAAGAAACACUCACCCAGCUGAGCUCGUCCAGUUACUACACAGCAACAACGGCGUGGUUUGAGUCAUACAGGGAGAACUUCCUGCAGUCCAUGCCAGCAUCUGAGCAUGAAUUCCUCAAUCACUACUUGGCCUGUAUGCUAGUAGUGUCAUCUCAUGAGGCGUUGCCAACAGAGCAGUUUCUCAAGCUCUCACAGGAACAGCACCGAAUCCAGCACAGUGGAGAAUACACCCAUCCCAAGUGGUUCAUUCCCAACACGCUCAAAUAUUACGUACUUCUCCACGACAUCAGUGACGGAGAUGAGCAGAGAGUGGAUUCUGUGUAUGAGGAAAUGAAACAGCGGUAUGGUACUCAGGGCUGCUAUCUGCUGAAGAUAAACUCGAGGAGUGAUGCCACCAGUUCGGAUGAACAGAUGCCUGACCCCUGGAGUCAAUACUUGCACAAAACCAGUAUACACAACCCUGAGCUGGAUGCUGAGUCGGUAGUGAAUAAUGCUGUUGAAAACAACAUCAGCGCAGAGGAAAAUGGUUUUGAUGCAGUUGCCAGAGAUGGUGUUUCGGAGACACAUCCUCUGCAGUUGGAUCAGCUCGCUGAUGCCGGUUACCCAGGCGACAAUGGCAGUCAGGCUGUAAACAGUGUGCAAAUGAUGGGACCUCAAAAGCAGGCCAGCAUGACCUCUCACACCACUACAACCCCUCGUGGAACCUGUCUGACCCUAAAUGACCACGACCGUAUCCGGCAGUUUAUCCAGGAGUUCACCUUCAGAGGAUUACUGCCGCACAUUGAGAAAAACAUACGACAACUAAAUGACCAGCUCGUGUCGAGAAAGGGUUUAAGCCGAUCUCUGUUUUCCGCCACUAAGAAGUUGUUUGGGGGAGGGAAGGUUCCAGAAAAGAGUAUCGCUGAAUUGAAGAACGCUGCUGGGCUACUCUAUCCCUCAGAGGCCCCAGAACUUCAGAUCAGAAAGAUGGCUGAUCUCUGCUUUCUGGUUCAGCACUAUGAACUAGCCUACAACUUCUACCACUCUGCCAAGAAGGACUUCCUCUCUGACCAAGCCAUGCUGUACGCUGCAGGAGCGCUGGAGAUGGCUGCUGUUUCUGCCUUUCUGCAGAGCGGUGCUCCAAGGCCGUACCCAGCACACUACAUGGACACAGCCAUACAGACCUACAGAGAUGUGUGCAAAAACAUGCUUUUAGCUGAGCGAUGUUGUCUUCUAAGCGCUGUGAUACUGAAGAGUCAGGCCAAAUAUUCAGAUGCUGCCACUCUUCUCAUCAAGAUGACCAGUGAGGACUCUGACUUGCGGAGUGCGCUCUUAUUGGAGCAGGCAGCACACUGCUUUAUUAACAUGCGAACCCCUAUGGUGAGGAAGUUUGCCUUCCACAUGAUACUGGCUGGUCAUCGUUUUAGCAAAGCUGGACAGAAGAGGCAUGCGCUGAGGUGCUAUUGCCAAGCGUUUCAGGUGUAUAAAGGUAAAGGUUGGUCGCUAGCUGAAGAUCACAUCAACUUCACUAUCGGCCGACAGUUCUUCACUCUGCGGAAGCCAGAGAACGCGGUGGCCGCCUUCCGGCACAUUCUCAUCAAUGACAGCAAACAGUGCGCUAUACAGCAGGCUACUUUUCUCAGGGAAUACCUCUAUGUUUACAAGAGUAUGACCCAGUUGUCUGGUGAGGGCCCCCUCCCUCAGCUGCCACUGCCCUGCCUGCACAGCUUGCAGACACGUGUGUUCUUCGGUCAUGACCGCAGACUUGCAGAAGGCGAGAAGCAAGCGGCCACGCAUGUCUCUCUGGAUCAGGAGUUUGACCGUGGCCUUUCCCAGCUGUGGAGAGAGUUGGAGGAGCAGGUGGUUGCUGCGGCGAACAGGGGGACUGUGCCCGUCACCUUCCAGCCCUCCCAGUGCUGCCUGAACAGCCAGAUGGACAACCUCAAAAACCCUCUUGCUGUCGUGGAGGAACCCAUCAUCGUGGAGGUGGCGUUCCGUAACCCCUUGAAGAUUCCUUUGGCACUCUCGGCUCUGUCUCUACUGUGGAAAUUUACUCUCAAAGACUUCUCAGGCCCUCAUGGUGGCACGAUCGGAGAAACAAUCACCAAUGAGAAGCAGGCUGCAACAUCAAAAGAAACCAAGGCCUUCAAUGACAUCAUUGACACACAAGUCAUUCCAGAGUUCAACAUGAGUCCAGAGGAGACCAAAGUAGUCCGUUUGAAGUUGCUUCCUCAUAAGACAGGAGAGUUACAUGUUCUUGGUGUGGUGUAUAACCUGGGCACUGGAGAUCAGGGCAACAGUGAAGGCUCACUGGACAGUGAUCUGACGUGUGUGCGUGGACAACAGAAUCUGGAGAUUCAGGGCCCCAGACUCAACGUGUCCAAAGAAGAAAAGACCUCUGUCAGAUAUGGACAAGACCGCCGCCUGGACCCCAUUAUUACCCCUCCCAUGCCAUUACUUGAGGUGUUUUUCAUUAAAUUCCCCACUGGUUUGCUGUGUGGUGAGAUUCGAAAGGCGUGGGUAGAAUUUGUGAAUGUAAGCGCAGUCCCUCUAUCUGGCCUGCGGGUGGCGUCCACGCACCCGGAGUUCUUCACAUUCGGAAGCGCUACCUCUGACCUAACCCCCGUGACCCCCACAGUGGCAGAGCACUGCUCCGCAUAUAAGACUGUGGUCAGGCCCCCCUCCGUGGCAGCAGUGACACUUGUGUCACCCGCGGCAUUCGGGGUCACCAGCGGCGACAAAGCAGCAGUAGCGGACAUUCCCAUAACGGGUGGCGUGUUGGGACCAGGCGAGGCGUUACAGAUUCCUCUGUGGCUCAGAGGGCCUGACCGAGAGGGGGUCCAUGAGAUCAACUUCCUGUUCUACUAUGAAAGCACAGAGAAGAGCACCAAACUCAGUCACAGGGUUCUUCGUCACACGGCUUUCAUCUGCGCCAGCCGCUCUCUCAGCGUCAGAGCCACGGCCUGCCGGAGUAACACGCUGCAUAGUAGAGAGAGGGAGGAAAAGAACGGCAGCAUGCUGGUCUUGGUAGACGUGGAGAACAUUAACACGAGUGAAGCAGGUGUUCGUGAGUUCCACAUAGUGCAGGUUUCCAGCAGCAGUAGACAUUGGAGGCUGCACAAGUGCAUCAACCCUGCUGGCGAUAAAGACUCUAAGCUGGCCAGCAGGGAAAGAGGGAAGCUGUGUUUCAGAGCCACCCGAUGCAGAACAGAGGAUGUUACCUCGGAUGCAGCAGAAAAAUACACCUUCGCCGAUCUCAACCUUGGCAACGAACAAAUUGUCAGCUCUACCACUCCAUGUGCUGACUUUUUCUUCCGAAGAGGUAUGCCUUCUGAGCCCAAGAGAGGUGAUGUGGCCUCAGGUGGUGCUAGUCAGAUGCAGAGACAGAGUUUCACGCCACAAAGCACGACUGACAACGCUGUGACGAGUAUCGUCAGAAAAUGUAGCGAAGUAGAGCUUGACAUCAUCGUCCUCUGGAAGGCAUAUGUCGUUGAGGAUUACAAGCAGCUCAUUUUAGAGGGUCAACUUCAUGUUGCACUGCAAAGCAUUGGCAAAGAAGCCUGCUCACUCUCGCUGAAAGAGGAUACUCAGGAGAUGGUGCUUCUGAAGUUCAAGCCUGACGUUCCACCCCCUGUAAGCAAGCCCUCUCUGGAAGAGCUUUCGCACCUCAUAAAGACCUGUCUCCACUACCCUGAGUCUUAUGAUCAUCCCUUCCCACAAAAGAGUUUAUGUAUGAUACCCAUUACCCUGAUGUUGUCCAACUGUUCCUUGGCUCGGGUAGAUGUCAUCAUUGAUCUGCGACAUAAAACAACAAGCCCAGAGUCACUGGAAGUGCAUGGUUCUUUUACCUGGCUGGGGCAGACACAGUAUAAGUUGCAACUUCAAGCACAAGAGGUUUACAUGCUUUCCUUGAAAGCCUGUUUCUUCCAGGCUGGAGUUUAUAACUUGGGCACACCCCGUGUCUUUGCCAAGUUGGCACAUACCAGUGCUAUGUGUGAGACCAGCCAGCAGAGCGCCAUGCCUGCACUCAUUAUCAUCAACAAGAUUUGAGUAACUCUGCGAUGUUACCUCAACUUUGAUCCAAUGUUUCUUCUACAUCCUGUAAAGACCUCUUCCUUGGCCCAAUGGAACGGACAGAAAAAUUUAAGAUUUUUCUACUUCUUGUAAAAACAAAAACUAAUUGUGCAAGGAAAAGUAAUAAAAAAAGACUUUGAACACAAAUAUCUCAACCUAAUACUGUAUCUGAUGUGCUUGUAAGGUCAGCAAAGGUGAGGUUAAACACAGUCUCUAGAUGUUUUUUCUUAAAUGCAAAUCUUCCACUUAAGGUGUGACUGGAUCUUUUUUUCCACCCCCAUGUUAAUGUAUCUCCCAUGUCCACCAUGGAUCAUUGAACGUAUUCUCUUUUGUUUUAUGAAAUAGGCAUUUUGUUUUUAGAACUACAGUUGUUCAAAGUAAUGAGUGAUUUACCCACACAUCUCAAACAUGUUGUAAUGUUGUAACUAAUUGGCUAUGCAUCCACCUCAUGCUGCCCUGCUCACAGUUGUUCACACUGCUCUGUUGCCACAGUCACAAAAAAACAUCUCACCAAUGUCAUCUUAAACCAGAUUAAAGACUGUAACCUGGUAGCCUGCAGUUGAUACCAUUUCAACUGCUGAAAGGACAACAUAUUCUGCAGCAUUCAGCAAGGCUGCAAAAAUCCAAGUUAAUAUGAAGUUAAGUGGAAUUUUUACAACCUUAUGAGAAGCCAGUGGAAUCAGUGUAGUCCAGUGAGGAGCCAUCUUAAUGUUUGUAACCCUAUAAGGAAAUGGCAGAAUCCAUGUUUUCCCAAUCAAACAGCAGAGACUAAGGAACUAUGUCACCUAGAGGGUAAAAUUCACCGUGAGUUUUUUUUUUGUUUGUUUGUUUGUGCGUCUUUGUGUGGGUAGGCUGUGCAGUUUUCACUGGAAAUGUUUUAUUUUCUACAAAUCAAUUGUCCUCUCCCACCACCUCGGCUGUCCCUCUGUCAUCGCCGUCAUCAUCUCCACCCCAUGAUCAAACUGUUAUUUAAAUGUAUCUACAUGACUGCUUUUCUGAAAUAAAAGAUGUAUUAUAUUUAUAACAAAUCACUGUACAUAGAAUAAAAUGUUACCAGUAA